UGCCAAUGAGGACAGUGAGGGAAGUUCCAACUUCAAUUGCAAAGUCCUUGGGUGCAUCCGCUGCGCUCUUCGCUGUCAAAUGGUGUCUGUCGAGCGCAGCGUGCGCAUCGUGUGUUUAAAGCGGCCCGAAGAGGCUUGAUCACGCUUGAGAGUAGUCUCAGAGGGAUUAAUCGAAACUUUAUCGAGAUUUAUAUGUAGUUAAGAUAAGAGGGUAUGUAAUCUUUCUUCAGAAGAGUCAACCACGAUGUCGGAAAAAGUUACAGAACAUCAUCGUGUGCAUUUCGGAGAAGGAGCAGACACUUUUGGUAAAGAUAAUGAAAUAGUUGUACAGCCAGCGGGAGAUGGGAAAAUAUCCCUUCAUUUAGGUUUUCUGAAGCUAUGUCACCGCUAUAAAAUCACCGUGGACUUACCCCGGACUUUGUGUGGCCUGAACCGGGAAGACGCUAUUAAGGAACACGAAGAAGAUAAAAUUCCCAAUGUUAAUUGCAAAAUAAAACAAAUUUCAUCAGGCGAAAAUGCAGUUAGUUUGGUAGUAGAAUUAGUUGCUCAUAAGGAAAAGCUGCUGAAGGAGGAAGUCUCAAUUGAAGUUGGCAGUGAAAAUACUGUUCAUCGAAUUGUUCUUAUAGCACGAGUUUUGGGGAAAGGUCAAGGAACCCCACUGCUAAGAAAUGGAAUCCAUUGCAUUGGGAAUGAGGAGGUUGAUGAUGAGUCUGAGGCUUCAGAUUGGCAAGGCUUUGAUAACAAGCCAUAAUUAAUUUAAAAGGUUAUGCUCUGAUGGGUAGUAGGUUGAGGUGAUCUGAUUGUGAGAAGCCUAUGUGUUCUCAUUUCCCAAUGUGCCAUGUUGUUGGUACUUGUACGAAAGCUAGGAUCUCCUACUUCUGCUCAUUGGAAAGUAAAGGAUAGUUCGAGCCAUAUUGUACCUUUUAUAUGUGCCUGCCAGGAUGACCAGGGUGAGCGAUUUUGAAAUCUUUUAGCGCAGCUUCACUCGUGGAAGGUAUGACUCCUUUUACCUUAAUGUUAAACCCUGAAAUUCAUUGUAAAAUCAAGAGUGCUAUGAGAAAUGAUUGUACACUUUUUGUGAUAUAAACAUCAGGUGUAGUUUUUCUCUAUAUAAAAUUAUAUAGGUAAUUUGUCUUUGCAACUGAUAUGAAAAAUUAUAGUAAUUUUUCAAUAGAGAUUUAUUAAAAAUGACAUCAGUAUUAUUUUUGUCCUGUUAUGAUGUGCCUCUUGUGAAAAGUCAAUACUAAUGAAGGAAUUGUUAACAUGUAUUUUUUAAAUUGAUCUGAAUUUUUUAUGUUUGGUACAUUUAAACUAAUAUUAUUACAUAAUAUAAUAUUACUUUUGGCUUUAUAAAAUUGAAUCCUCAUUGUUAAUAAUUCAAAUGCAUGUAGUUAAUGAAUAGAAAUUUCUUCCGGUUCUUUGCUUCAGAAUUAUUAAUAACUUCUGAAAUUCAUACAUUUAAAUUAAAAGUUAAGUCACGAGUCCCAUGGAAUGAUUUGGUUUUUUGAGAGAUUGAUAUUUUACCUUGCACUCUUAAAAUUCUGAUUGAUUUGCGUGGUAUGAGAUUUUAUUGUAUUAGUGAAGCUUUUAAUUUUUAAUGACAAAAGUGGCAUUAGAACAUUUAUUUUAUAUUUUGUGUUCCAAGCAUUCUUCGCAAUUUGUGUUUAUUUAAAAUAUUUGUAGUGAUCUUUUUUCUAAGGUUUAUGCAUAAAUUGUUUUAAGGAUGCUUAUUUACUGUAUUAUUUUUGUUUUAAUUUUUUUGUGCCUACUUUUGUGGUGAUGGAGACGGUGUCUGUGAUUUAGAGAUAUUGUGCUACAAUCGAGUCAUGUAUAACCAAGUCAUCUUUACAUCAGUGCCUCUCUAUUAACCAUUAACUUUUCGACAUUCCUAUGGCAGUUCACUAUUUUUGUGCAUUUGUAUGAAUUAAGCCAUUAUUGGUGCCAUACUACCUCUAUAAGACUCUUCAGGUAUUGUAAUGUAAAUUUGACACUUCUGUCACUUUCUCAAAUGACCAAAGGUUUACUCGUUGUCUGAAGGAAUGAAAUGAAAUAAUAAUUAUAUCCACAAUAGCUGUUGCUCUUAUUGAAUGGAAAGUGUGUACAUUUUUUUGAGAAUUUUAUUAGACCUGCAUUGAAUUAAUUUACAAGGUAGGUAAUCUAAUUCACGACAAAAGGAUAAUAAAUUGUUGGUCUUUUUAAGAUGCUUCACAUGCUCGUGCAUGACAAUGCUGAUUUUACAGAUAUUUAACAUGUAUGUAUGUAUUUAUAUAUUUUCAUGUCUAUGUAGAUAAAUGUGCUUUGAUAAUGUCUUUGCACUUCUAAUGAAUGGUUAUACACCAUUAAUACGCCUAUCAGUACUCUUCCAGUAAUGAUUUAAAAGACAGUGGUUGUAAUUGGCCUUUGGUCAUUUGAAUACAAUUGUAUUAACAAUUCUUAUUGUAUGUGAUGCUGAGCAUAAGCUCUUAUUUGCUCAAAUAAAGUUAAUGUUUUGCCAAAGAUUUUUUGUUUGUUUUUUUUCCUUUUUUUACACUUCAAUUUAAAGAUCCCCUUUAAAGAUAUU